AGUGCGCAUGCGUUUGAAGGCGGUGCCGGGCGGGGAGCACACCCCUGUGAAGUGCAGGGCACCCUUUGGGCGGCUCCCGCCGGCUAGCUGGACAGCGGCGCGCGCCAGGCGUGGCUUCCUCAGUCGGUGGGCUAGGAUUGGGCGCAGCAGGUAGAAGGGGCAGGACCCUUCGCAGAAGGAGCUUAGCGAUUGGCCAGAACCUGGAGGGAGCGUGGUGUUGGGAGGCGGGGCGGAGGGGGACGGACAGGGCAGCUCACGACGCUGAGGUGGUGGCCGCGGCCCUUGAAUAAACACCAUGGCCGAGCCCCUGAAGGAGGAAGACGGCGAGGACGGCUCUGCGGAGCCCCCCGGGCCCGUGAAGGCCGAACCCGCCCACACCGCUGCCUCUGUAGCGGCCAAGAACCUGGCCCUGCUUAAAGCCCGCUCCUUCGAUGUGACCUUUGACGUGGGCGACGAGUACGAGAUCAUCGAGACCAUAGGCAACGGGGCCUACGGAGUGGUGUCCUCCGCCCGCCGCCGCCUCACCGGCCAGCAGGUGGCCAUCAAGAAGAUCCCUAAUGCUUUCGAUGUGGUGACCAAUGCCAAGCGAACCCUCAGGGAGCUGAAGAUCCUCAAGCACUUUAAGCACGACAACAUCAUCGCCAUCAAGGACAUCCUGAGGCCCACUGUGCCCUAUGGCGAAUUCAAAUCUGUCCCCUAUGGGGUCCCAGGCUACGUGGUCCUGGACCUGAUGGAAAGCGACCUGCACCAGAUCAUCCACUCCUCACAGCCCCUCACACUGGAACACGUGCGCUACUUCCUGUACCAACUGCUGCGGGGCCUGAAGUACAUGCACUCGGCUCAGGUCAUCCACCGUGACCUCAAGCCCUCCAACCUAUUGGUGAAUGAGAACUGUGAGCUCAAGAUUGGUGACUUUGGUAUGGCUCGUGGCCUGUGCACGUCGCCCGCUGAACAUCAGUACUUCAUGACCGAGUAUGUGGCCACGCGCUGGUACCGUGCCCCCGAACUCAUGCUCUCUUUGCAUGAGUAUACACAGGCCAUUGACCUUUGGUCUGUGGGCUGCAUCUUUGGUGAGAUGCUGGCCCGGCGCCAGCUCUUCCCAGGCAAAAACUAUGUACACCAGCUACAGCUCAUCAUGAUGGUGCUGGGUACCCCAUCACCAGCUGUGAUUCAGGCUGUGGGGGCUGAGAGGGUGCGGGCCUAUAUCCAGAGCUUGCCACCACGCCAGCCUGUGCCCUGGGAGACAGUGUACCCAGGUGCCGACCGCCAGGCCCUAUCACUCCUGGGUCGCAUGCUGCGUUUUGAGCCCAGCGCCCGCAUCUCAGCGGCUGCUGCCCUUCGCCACCCUUUCCUGGCCAAGUACCAUGAUCCUGAUGAUGAGCCUGACUGUGCCCCGCCCUUUGACUUUGCCUUUGACCGUGAAGCCCUCACUCGGGAGCGCAUUAAGGAGGCCAUUGUGGCCGAGAUUGAGGACUUCCAUGCAAGGCGCGAGGGCAUCCGCCAACAGAUCCGCUUCCAGCCUUCUCUACAGCCUGUGGCUAGUGAACCUGGCUGUCCAGAUGUUGAAAUGCCCAGUCCCUGGGCUCCCAGUGGGGACUGUGCCAUGGAGUCUCCCCCACCAGCCCCACCACCGUGCCCUGGCCCUGCACCUGACACCAUUGAUCUGACCCUGCAGCCACCCCCACCAGCCAGUGAGCCUGCCCCACCUAAGAAAGAGGGUGCCAUCUCAGACAACACUAAGGCUGCCCUUAAAGCUGCCCUGCUCAAGUCUUUGAGAAGCCGGCUCAGAGAUGGCCCCAGCGCACCCCUGGAGGCUCCUGAGUCUCGGAAGCCGGUGACAGCCCAGGAGCGCCAGCGGGAGCGGGAAGAGAAGCGGCGGCGGCGGCAAGAGCGAGCCAAGGAGCGGGAGAAACGGCGGCAGGAGCGGGAGCGAAAGGAACGGGGGGCUGGGGCCUCUGGGGGCCCCUCCACUGACCCAUUGGCUGGACUAGUGCUCAGCGACAAUGACAGAAGCCUGUUGGAACGCUGGACUCGAAUGGCCCGACCCCCAGCCCCAGCCCCGACCUCUGUGCCAGCCCCUGCCCCAGUGCCAACGCCAACCCCAGCCCAACCUGCCAGUCCUCCCCCUGGCCCUGUAGCCCAGCCCACUGGCCUGCAACCACAACCUGCGGGCUCCACAUCUGGCCCUGUACCCCAGCCUGCCUGCCCACCCCCUGGCCCUGCACCCCACCCCACUGGCCCUCCUAGGCCCAUCCCUGUCCCUGCGCCACCCCAGAUUGCCACCUCUACCAACCUCCUAGCUCCCCAGUCACUUGUGCCACCCCCUGGGUUGCCUGGCUCCAACACCCCAGGAGUUUUGCCUUACUUCCCACCUGGCCUGCCACCUCCAGACGCCAGGGAAGCCCCUCAGUCUUCCAUGUCAGAGUCACCGGAUGUCAACCUAGUGACCCAGCAGCUAUCUAAGUCACAGGUGGAGGACCCCCUGCCCCCUGUGUUCUCAGGCACACCAAAGGGCAGUGGGGCUGGCUACGGUGUUGGCUUUGACCUGGAGGAAUUCUUAAACCAGUCUUUCGACAUGGGCGUGGCUGAUGGGCCACAGGAUGGCCAGUCAGAUUCAGCCUCACUCUCAGCCUCCCUGCUUGCUGACUGGCUCGAAGGCCAUGGCAUGAACCCUGCCGAUAUUGAGUCCCUGCAGCGUGAGAUCCAGAUGGACUCCCCAAUGCUGCUGGCUGACCUGCCUGACCUCCAGGACCCCUGAGGCCCACAGCCUGUGCCUUGCUGCCACGGAAGACCUAGUUCCAAGAUACCCAUGGGAACAUUCUCAAAGGCUUUAGCCCUGGACCCAGCAGGUGAGGCUCGGCUUGGAUUAUUCUGCAGGUUCAUCUCAGACCCACCUUUCAGCCUUAAGCAGCCACCUGAGCCACCACCGAGCCAUGACAGGAUUGGGAGAUCCCGACUCCCCCUGUACAAUUCUUUUCAGUAUUAUAUUUUUAUUAUUAUUAUUAUGUUAUUAUUACACUGUCUUUUUGCCAUCAAAAUGAGGCCUGUGAAAUACAAGGUUCCCUUCUGCACCUGA